UAUUUAUUUAUAUUUAUUUCAGUGACUUCUUAUUCUUCACUACUCACAAUAAUAAAAAUCAAUCAUUUGGAUCACUUUCAUCAUCUGGGAUUGAUUAAUGGAUUUCCAGAAGAAAAGACUCCAACUUUUAUGUUUUAUUGUUGCCGUUAUUCUCCUCAGUUUCACAGCUGAAAAAUGUAGACAAAUUGUUGGUGAAACCGGUUCAUCUCAGAGUGGGAAAUUCACCAUUUUCAACUGUUUUGAUGGGGGUUCAGGAACAGUAGCAUGCCUAGUAAAGGAAGGCGUGAAGUUGUAUACUUACAACAUAAGAACACUCCAUGUUGAGGUAGCAAGAAAUAAAGCAAUCGAAACAUCACUAGCCGAUGCAAUUUCACAAGGCAUGGAACCCAUAGAUGCUGCCAAAAAAGCCCAAAAAGAUGGAGCUAAAGCUGCAAAAGAAGCAACCCGAAAAGCCAAACGUAUUAUUGGGCCUAUUAUUUCUUCUGGGUGGGAUUUCUUUGAAGCCAUUUAUUAUGGAGGAACCGUUACAGAAGGGGUCUUAAGGGGGACAGGAACAUUAUUCGGAACUUAUUUUAUUGGGUACUUGGGGGAAGAAAGAUUUGGCAGAUUCGGGUAUUUGGUUGGAAGCCAGUUUGGAAGUUGGAUUGGAGGCAGGAUGGGGCUAAUGGUGUAUGAUAUUGCCAAUGGUGUUCAUUUCUUGCUUCAAUUUGGUCAAAUAGAGGAAAAUGUAGGAGAAAAGGCUGAACUUUUUCAGUUUGGCCAACCUGAAGAAUAUGCAGAACAAACUGAUUAUGUGGGUUCUGUUCUUGAAAGUAUCAAGGGUUAUGUGGGUUCAUACAUGCCCGAUACUUCUACAGAUGGUAACUCUGAAGCUGUUGAAGCUGUUGAGGAGCCUGAAGUUUAUGAGUCCCCAGCUUAUGAGAGCUACGAGUCUAAUGAAGAACUUUGAUAAGGUAAAUGCAGUUUCUAGUUUCGAUACGUACAUUUAUUGUUUGAAAUACUUGAUAAUUUGUGUAGUAAAUUUAGAAUGAUUCAUUAGACAACAUAGAUAUAAAGCUGAAUCUAGAGGCCCUUUGGUUUUAUAUAUGUAUAGAAGAUCUGGUAAUGUGAGCAUUAUAGCAAUUACGUUGGUUUUA